CGGCCGUGCCGGUGCCGCCCGGCCGCAGCGGCAGCAGGAAGCGGCGGAGCGCGGCCGGGCAGCGAUCGGGCGGGGGCAGCCACCGCCGUGUCCCGGGAGGGGCCGGCGGGGACCGUGCCCAGGAGAAGCGGCCGGGCAGCGGGACCGGGAGGGCUCCCGGUCCUUGCCGAGCCGGAGUCCCGGUGCCGCCGCCCGGCGGCCUGACAUGAGCUCGGCGGCGGCGUUGGCAGCAUGGCCUGUGCCCGGAGGGACGGCGAGGCGGACGGCGAGCCCGACCGCUCCCUGCGGCACAUGCUGCGGGCCAUAGCGGAGGAGCGGAGCCGCGCCGGGCUCCGGCACGACAGCGGCGGCCUCGGGUGUUUCAAAGAUGACCGUAUUGUGUUCUGGACUUGGAUGUUUUCAACCUAUUUCAUGGAGAAGUGGGCCCCCCGGCAGGAUGACAUGCUCUUCUACGUCCGUCGGAAACUGUCCUACGUCACCGGGGAGAGCACAGAGGGUAAAAAGCAGGUUGAAGUUGAAGUUUACCGGAGAGAUUCUAAGAAGCUUCCUGGCCUGGGAGACCCUGACAUUGACUGGGAAGAGAGUGUCUACUUGAACCUCAUCCUGCAGAAGCUGGAUUAUGUGGUGACCUGUGCUGUGUGCACACGCUCUGAUGGAGGAGAUAUUCAUAUUCACAAAAAGAAAUCUCAGCAAGUGUUUGCCUCUCCAAGCAAACACCCGAUGGACAGUAAAGGAGAGGAGUCAAAGAUCAGCUACCCCAAUAUAUUCUUCAUGAUUGACAGUUUUGAGGAGGUUUUCAGUGACAUGACUGUGGGAGAAGGAGAAAUGGUCUGUGUGGAGCUAGUGGCCAGUGAUAAAAGCAACACCUUCCAAGGGGUGAUUUUCCAGGGGUCCAUCCGCUAUGAAGCACUCAAGAAGGUCUAUGACAACAGGGUGAGUGUUGCAGCUAAGAUGGCUCAGAGAAUGUCUUUUGGCUUUUAUAAAUACAACAACAUGGAGUUUGUCCGAAUGAAAGGACCACAGGGAAAAGGACAUGCAGAGAUGGCAGUGAGUAGAGUUUCCACUGGUGACACUUCACCGUAUGGGACAGAAGAAGAUUCAAAUCCAGACUCCCCAGUGCAUGAGAGAGUUACUUCUUUCAGCACACCACCAACCCCAGAGAGAAACAACCGCCCCUCCUUCUUCUCCCCAUCCCUCAAGAGAAAAGUGCCCCGAAAUCGAAUUGCUGAGAUGAAAAAGUCCCAUUCAGCAAAUGACAGUGAGGAGUUCUUCAGAGAUGAUGAUGGUGGAGAUCUGCACAACACGACCAAUCUCCGCUCGCGCUCCCUGUCGGGAACAGGGCGCUCACUGGUCGGCUCGUGGCUGAAGCUGAACAGAACUGAUGAAAACUUUCUACUCUAUGCACACUUAACAUACAUCACUUUGCCAUUGCAUCGAAUUCUAACAGAUUCCUGGUGGGCUGUGCCACAGUCCACGCUCAUGUCUCCAGUUCUUCCUGGUGCUGUGGCUGCUCUCAGGAGCCUCUUCAGUUGGCUGUGUCUCUGUUUCUCCCAUGCCCAGAUAUCCUGGAAGUGCGGCAGAAACCAAUCCUGAUGACAUAGCAGAGGGCGGGCACUGCCUUGGAGCCUCGUUGCCAAGUGCCUAUCCCCAGCGGUUUCCGUGCUAACACUACCACCUAGUGUCAGGAACAGAGACCUCCGCAGGAAAAAGGGACGUCCAGGAAUACCAGCCGAUCAAAAGUGCCUCUUUCUUCCUUCCUCUGCUGUCACACACCGAAUGCCCACAUGACUGGAGUGUUUCUGACUGGAAGAGGACUUUCAGCAAGACAAAAUAAGAAGGGGCUGCGUUUAAACUGAGUCAACACUUUAUGGACAGUUUGCUACUGUGUUUACUUUAUAACUAAGAAGCCAACAAUAUGUACAGAAUGUGCUAAACUUUAUAUUCUUUGGGAGAAACAUUCUAAGAAUUUCAUAAUGAUGUGCUGUUGGACAUCCCUCCAUAGACUCUGGCCAUACCCUCUCCUCUUCUGAUCAGCCAUUUGUGAGUGUGUGUGUGUGUGCCUGUUUGUGUGUGUGUGUGGAUCAGAGCAGGGAGAGAGCAGCUUCCUGCUAAAGGAAGAAAAGGAGAAAGAUGCAUUGCUGUUUUGGUAUGUGCAGCAGAUCAGGUCAGAGCUUAAAAGAGGCUGAAAAUGUUCCCAUUUUUCAUGUGUCAGUGUUAGGACAGGUGAACUCUGCUGACAGAUUUCCAUAUCUACCAAAGAACAGCAACAUUUUCAUCCUCAAGAGCUGGCUAAGAAAAUGAGCCAGUGAAAAGAAGGCUAAAAUGUGCUGCUAUAGUAAAGCUGAGGUUCAUCUCCAGUACUAAUGCUGCUUAUCUUCCUCUCAGUUGAGUCAAUUCCAGUUUGAGUCUAAAGUGAAAAACCAGGAGACUCUAAUCAGUCUCCAAAGGCCUAAAACCUUACCAGGAACCCAUCCUCCUGCAUGCACUGGACUUGGGAGUUUGUAGUCAUCCUUGGGGUACCCUUUGUAGGCAAGGAGGGCAUGAGAGCUGCUUUAUGAUGAGGCAGCCUGCCCGAAUUUUCCAUCUUUGGUUGUUACAUGCUGAAGCACAGAGAGCUUUCUUGAAAUACAAAAGAUGGAAACACAAUUCUGUUCUGAAAAGUGACUAAAAAUUGCAUAGUAGGAGAUCUGGUAAUGGUGUGUCAGGAGCUCUCAGGAAAACAGCCUUAUGUUUACACAUGAAGUCCAGCUCUCUCUAAACAGCAAAACUGCUGUCCUUGACAUUUGAAAACAAAAUGGUUGAAUGCUGAGGUUACUGUGCUCUGGCUGACUAUUUUGAUGAGUACAUAUUUGGGUCCAUUUAGGACCCCACAGCAGUGGGAGGGGUGGCGUGUCCCUUGGGGCACGUGAGACUCCAGUACAUGCACAAAGGGAGAGAGAAGAUGCCAUUUUGGUCACUUUUCAGACUCUGAGCACCAAAGGCUGAUGCUGUGGCAUGUGCUCUGAGCCUGGACCUUUGUCUCCCUCGUACCUGGUCUUUCCAAAGUGCUUUGUUGUUACUCUCACAGUAGCAUCUAAUGACUUAACCUCUCAAAUAGGACUUACUGCUUUUUUCCUCAGGCUAGAUUCCGUGGAAAUAGCUCCACUUCAGCAUAAAGGCAGACCAAAUUUGCCCUUCAGCCCACCCUGAUGACUCCAUGGUAAGGAGGUCUGGCUGUAUUUGAGGCCAGCUGUCACCUUAGCACAGCAUGGUGACCUUUCUUACACUGGCAGCAUGAGUGUAUGACAGGGACAGCUGGCCAGUUUUCAGUUGGCUUCAAAUGUGCUGCAAGAAAAUGUUAGAGAAAUGUUCCCUUUGUCACUACCAGCACACCCACUUUUCAUGCUGCAGCCUUGGAAUGUUGCCUGUGGUCUGUGUGGAUGUGAAGGUGUUUCCACCAUCUAAGCUGGUUGCCCCAGGCUUCCUCCCUGAGCCCAGGGAGAGGUGGAGUCCUCACACAGCAGCUGAAGUGCCCUCUCAAAGAACUUGCCAGGCAGCCUGGGUGGGUACCUGAGAUCCCCUACAGGUAGUGGGCCUGGCAUUAGUCAGUACAAAUAUUCUCUCUUUGCCCAUGCUGAGGAUUAAACCACUUCUCAGCUAGAAAGCAAGCCUCUCAAUGUGCUCCUUACUCUGUGCUUUCAUACUGCUGGACUGGGCAAAUCAGUGCUUGGUUUUCCUUCAAAGGUUCACUGCAGAGGGAAGGGAGAGAGGGUUCACAUUUGUCCUUGUGACAAUUAAUGCCUUUCAGGCAGGCAGCCAGAGGAACAAUGUAAAAAGGAAGUGUAUCCAGAUAGGACCCUCAUCUCUAGGUGCCUGAACACUUCUCAGUGGACAAGAAUUUGUAAUGCUCCCUUGGUGUUGUGUAUUAUGUUUAGGUGGCUUAACUUUGUGUGAUUUGAAAGACUGAGAAAAUCUUGCUGUGUAAGAUUUCAAAGCAAAUGAGGAAUGAUUCUAAGCUAGUGCAUUAGUUUAAAAGCAGUGCUAUGGAAGGUACAGUUUAGAUCCUACAUCUGUGUUUCAGGAGGUAUCAUCUGCUUUGUUACAUGUAUGUGGUUGGAUUUUGAUGUCUAGUGUUUGAAGGGCUGUAAUGUCCUAAAAAAAAGUGAAUUUACAUUAUUUCUUGUAUCUUGCUCGUGGGAUAUGCUAUAGGUACAUUGAUGACUCACCUUUUCUAGUAGAAAAGGACUACAAGUAUGCCCUCAUGGACAUCCAUGGAAAACAGAGGUCAAAAAGUCUCCUGAAUGUCAAUAGUGUUUUUUGGAAGCAAAGAUGUUCCAGAUUCUCAGUUAUUCCUUCUUUAAAUAACUGUCUUGGACUUUUUAUGUAUAGCCAGUGGUUCCCACUUUUUGUUAUCAAAUUCCACAUUUUGUUCUGCUUUUAAACAAACCCUGAAAAUUGUCCUUGUGUGGACAGAUUGACAGGGAAUUUGAUCAAAAAGUUUUGUUUGGGUCAGGAUGGCACAGCUGGACCCUUAGCAUGCUAUUGCACUACAUCAAAAAAGAAAAGUGAAUGUUAGUAAGAAGCUCUCACUCUGUUAAUUUGGAGGGGGUUUAAUUCUGUAGCUCCUAAGCAGUAAAGUGGAUUCAGCCCCUGUUGGCCGUUGAAAUAAUUGCUGCAGAUGGAGCUGGCAUGUCCUGCAGUGCCAUGAAGGCUGUUUGGCUGUCAUUGUCUUAAUGGUUGGAGCACAGUGUGUGUCAUUAGUUAUGCUGAUGUUUGAAGAUGCAGCUCAGUUAACAAAUUUGGGAAACUUUGCAGAACAGCUGUCUUUCUUUUUGAAAUUCCACUAUACCUCGUUGCUCAGUUAACUCCUUCCAUCCUUCUGACCAUUCACUCCCUCUGGAGAUCAAGGCUUACCACUUGAGCUCUUCAUAGAUGUUGUAUAUUGAUAUAUGUCAAAUACAAAGAUGUGAAUCUUCUGACCCAUAACAAGUUUUUCACUGCUGUCCAUUUUAACCCGUAUAAAAAUCUUGAGAUUUUUUUUUCUUUUACUUUGGUUGGUUAGUUGGUUGUUUGUUUUUUUGUGAGGGGUUGUUGUUUGUUUUGGUUUUGUUUUUUUUUUUUUUUAAGAAAGCUCUUAAAUAAAUUAUUUUGUGCUAGCAGAUUAUUGCUCUGCCUUAGAGACCACCAUGUAUGUGAAAUCAUGUUCUCUUACUGCCAGGCAGGACAAGGCAGAUUCCAAAUCUCUUUUUAAAAGAAGAUGCUUUUAGAAACUCUAUGAGUCUUUCAGCUGUUUUGGCUAAUCCAGAUUGUGUUGGUCCCUGUUCCUUCUCUUUUUAUUCUUCUGGUCUUCAUUGUUUACAAGGCUUGGGCAUUUACAAAGCUGGGCUCUGGAUUGCUGUUACCAUUUUUAUAGUUUUCUAUUUCUGGGCAUGGUGUGCUUUCCAGAAAAGAGAAUUGUUUGCACAGGUGGCUUUUCACAGUAAUAUGUUUUCCCCAAAGUACAUUCAUUAUUUAGACAGUGAAGUCGUUGGCUCUGCAGACAGAUUUCUUCCAGCAGACCCUCAUGUACAGAAUCCCAUCUGAUCACUGAAAUUCUGUAUGGAUGUUGAAUCCAGGGAAAUAGACUCUUAGACUAUUGACCUGUUUCUUGCCACUCACUAAUUGUUCCUUUUUGAGAUGAUUUCUUGUCCCAUAUUUUAUAGUCUGAAGCUUUCAUAUUAAAGACAGAUGUAAGAUAAAAUCUUCAGAAGUGCCUAAGCCCUGUUGUUACUCAGUGGGGUUUAAGAACAAAUUUUUAUUUAGGAAAAUAAUUUAUUCAUCUUAAAUUCUGUCUGUGUUGUAUGUAGCAGUGUCAAGAAAUGAUAAGUUUAUAGUUCUUGGAUGAACAGUGUCUCUCAUAUGAAUUCACUCUUUGUAUUUGAAAGACUCUCAUGGUUUCCAAAGGUCAUGGCUGAAAGCUCUGGAAAGUGGAUUUCCUGUGGUCACAGCAAUCAGAUGUCUGCAAAUGCCUUACACAUUCUGCAAGGUAUGACUGCAAGUGUGUGGUGCUGGUGUGUAGAAAUUCUGUGUCAAAACCAGGUACGGUUAUCCAGUUAAAGGCAUUGUGAAGUAGCUUUUACACAAAAACCUUAAACAAAAGAGUAUUUUACACCAGAAUGUAGCUGUUUGGAUACUUGGUCAAGAUAAUACAAGUCUGCAAGCAGGUUCCAAUGUUGAAUGUUCUCUAUGUAAAUAUAUAAAUAUUCUCCGCCUAAUUUUAUCAGCCUAACACAUGUUGCAUGGUUUGGGUUUUAUUUGCCUCAUCGAUCAUUGGUGUUGCUUAAAAGGUGAUGGGUUGAAAAUUGUGCAGGCACUGUACUGAGCCAUUUGAACAAAGAGCAAGGAGAAGGUUGUGCACCAAAAAUAAAGUUGACUGUGCUUAUGGCAGCAGUGAAGAAAGUGUUGGACCCUGCAGCAAAUAAACAGACCUCUUUAAUGACCAUGAA